CAGGCCGGUUAGCGGAGGCGGGAAGAAGGAAGGCCGCCAAGAGCCCCCUAACUUUGCCCCCCUUCCUUCCUCUGUUGUUCAUCCGCGAGCGACUUCCAGGGCUCGCCCCGUGAGGCCCGGUUUCCUAAAAAAACAAUAAUGCAUCACCGAGGUUAGCUAGAAGCUGCUGGGCUGGCAAAGAAGCAAGUAAGAACUAAAUCAUGGCUUUUCGGAAGGUAGUGAAAGGAACUAUCCUCAUAGGAGGAGGAGCCGUUGCAACUGUCUUUGGCCUCUCACAACUUUCUCAAUACAGAAAAAAGGGUCAUCUUGCAACUGUGGAAGCUUCAGAAUGUAGACCUGUACCAAUGCUAAACUCCCUUCCGACUAGGGAGAAUCAUUUCGAGGCUUUGAGAGAAACCGCAGAAUUUGAUGUCCUUAUCAUAGGUGGAGGUGCCACAGGAAGUGGUUGUGCCUUAGAUGCUGUUACAAGAGGCCUCCGCACAGCUCUUGUAGAACGGGAUGAUUUCGGAUCAGGGACUAGCAGCAGAAGUACUAAAUUGAUCCAUGGUGGAGUGAGAUAUCUACAGAAGGCGAUCAUGAACUUGGAUAUUGAACAGUAUAGAAUGGUGAAAGAAGCUCUCCAUGAACGUGCCAACCUGCUUGAAAUUGCACCUCAUUUAUCUGCUCCUCUACCUAUAAUGCUUCCAGUUUACAAGUGGUGGCAACUGCCUUAUUACUGGGUGGGAAUUAAGAUGUAUGACCUUGUAGCAGGAACCCAAUGUCUGAAAAGCAGCUACGUGCUUAGCAAAUCCAAAGCUUUGGAACUCUUUCCUAUGUUACGAAAGGACAGACUUGUGGGCGCCAUAGUCUACUAUGAUGGACAGCACAAUGAUGCACGAAUGAACCUUGCCAUCGCCCUCACUGCUGCCAGGUAUGGGGCUGCCAUAGCCAAUUACACUGAAGUGGUGCACUUGCUGAAGAAGAUGGAUCCAGAGAGCGGGAAGAGCCGAGUUUGUGGAGCAAGGUGCAGGGAUGUUCAAACAGGGCAGGAAUUUGAUGUCAAAGCCAAAUGUGUUAUCAAUGCUACAGGACCUUUCACAGAUUCUGUGCGGAAAAUGGAUGAGCAGGAAGUAUCAAACAUCUGUCAACCAAGCGCAGGCGUUCAUAUUGUGAUGCCCGGCUAUUACAGCCCUGAUAAUAUGGGACUUCUUGACCCAUCGACUAGUGAUGGGCGAGUGAUUUUCUUUCUGCCAUGGCAAAAGAUGACUAUCGCUGGCACUACUGAUACUGCAACUGAAGUUACCCAUCACCCGAUACCAACCGAAGAAGAUAUCAACUUCAUUUUGACAGAAGUGCGCAACUAUCUUAACUGUGAUGUUGAAGUGAGGAGAGGAGAUGUUCUGGCAGCAUGGAGUGGCAUUCGUCCCCUUGUGACGGAUCCCAAUUCUAAAGACACACAGUCUAUAUCUCGAAAUCAUGUGGUGCAUGUUAGUGACAGCGGUCUUGUGACUAUCGCAGGUGGGAAGUGGACAACUUACCGCUCAAUGGCCCAGGAUACAAUUGAUGCUGCAGUAAAAUCUCAUAACCUUCAGGCCGGUCCCUGUAAAACUGUAGGGCUGCUCCUGCAGGGUGCAGAGGGCUGGACCCCUACUCUAUAUAUCCGUCUGGUUCAAGAUUAUGGACUUGAAAAUGAGGAAGAGCUCGCAACGGCAAAAAGGUUCCUAUACUAUGAAAUGGGCUACAAGGCACGGUCGGAGCAACUGACAGAUCGGAGUGAAAUCACUUUAUCCCCAGCAGAUAUUGACAGGUAUAAAAAAAGAUUCCACAUGUUUGAUAAAGAAGGCAAAGGUUUUAUUACUAUAUUGGAUGUGCAGAGUGUGCUACAGAGCAUCAACCUUCAAAUUAAUGAAAGUGCACUCCAUGAGAUUUUGAAUGAAGUGGAUUUGAACAAAAAUGGGCAGGUUGAACUCAACGAGUUUUUGCAACUCAUGACUGCUAUUCAGAAAGGAUAUGUAUCUGGAAGCCGGCUCGCCGUACUUAUGAAAGCAGCUGAAGAGAACAUUUAUCAACGGGAAGUGAUUUCAGUGGACCGGAGUUGUGGUGGACUGUGAUGUGGGGGGGCUCUUACAGCUUAGAAAAAGGUGUGCCCCCUUGGUUGCCUCUUUCAAUGCUGAAAAACAUUCCACUGCUUUCAGACGUCUCUGCUUCUCUUCACUCUGAGCAACUGUACCGAAAGUCACAUUGUGCAGCUCUUCUUUUUAUAUUUGUGCGAAGAGUCUACUUGACUGGUGGUGAACUGGCUUUCUCUAGAAUCCAUGGCCAACAAGACCAUGAAAAGGAGAAACUGUCCACCUCCCCACCUCCCCUCCCCCGGGGCUAAUCCCCGGAGUUGAACACUCCAACCAUGGCAAGGGAUCCAGGUGAUAGCCAGGCAUGAAUGUAGAUUUCUUUUUUGCAUUUAUACAAAAGCAAGAGUAAUUCCUCUCCUCCAUUCUCUUUCUGCCUUUUGAUGCAUUAAUCAGGCAAAAGUGGACAAUGCCAGCAUGCCUUUCAUAUCUUAAAAAUGGACUUUUUUUGGUUAAACCUGCAGAUAUAUUUUUCCCCUCCCCACCCUUUCAUAGAAGUACAUUGUGCUAAAUAUUCAUCGCUUGCCUAGAACUUUGGUACAAACAUUUUUUAUAAUGGCCACAGUCUAUUAAAAAGCGCAUGCCAUAAAAAUGAGUGAUUUAUCAUGGAGGAGAGUGCUUGCAUUUAGAAUAUUCAUAGACUGUAUCCCAAAAUAGAAGUGUAAUGUCCAACCAAGGAAUUGCAGUGAUACAAUUGUAUUUUAAUAAGAGGCUAUGUGGGGCCUAAUUCUUCAAAAAUGUCCUAAACCCAAAAAGCCAGCAUAAAAUAGAAAAUAAACAAAUCCAAUGGUUCUUGUUACUUUACCACAGAAAGAAAUUGCCACUCCUUCCCUGGUACCUCUUGUGUAUAUAAAAAAGAGAGAGCUAAAUCCUGUAUCAUGUAGGUGGUUUGACUUGGCUCUGAAAUUCUCAAAGAAAUUUUAAGAAAAGGGUAUCUAAAAUCUGACUUUAUUUUGAUAGGUGCCCCAUAACUCCUCAGAAAAAUAGUGAAGAAAAUACUAAACAAGAUUACGCUACUUUUUUUUACUAGGAAUUGCAGGUUCAAUUUUAGGAUAUUUUCUUUUUUAAAAAAAACUAAAAACUUUUACAUAUUGUUUAAAAUCAUUUUAGGUAAAACCCCUAGUAUUUAGGGUAGAAAUCCUUCCAGAAUACAAUGAUAAACUAAUAGCAAAAUCAGUAGAAAGUUUGCUUUUUGCUAUUUGGAAAAUGAAAUUGCAGCAAAGUAACAAACCUAAAAGGAACAAAGUCACGUUACUGUGGAAAUUUGUGUCUUUGUACCUCUGAUGGCAUUGUUCAUUUGUUUGUUACAGAUUUUAAUAACACUUAAUAUUCCAAUGGAAUUUAUAGAUCAGUAAGAGCUGUGGUACCUGCAGACCCAAAUUCUUUCAUUUACUUAUUUUAACAUUUCAGUGCUGUGCAUUUCUUCACUCUUGAGAGCAGUCUCUAGGAACUGGCCCUUCAUAAGGCCUCAAUAUCAAAAUGAAUUUAAAAUUCAGAAUUACUCUAUAUUCAAAAAGUGAAUAUAUUAAGGGCAUCUAUUGUUAGACGCAAACAUUGCUAUAUAAAACAGUCCAGCCAUUAGCAUGAAGCACUCCUAUUUUCUAUUUAGAAAUUUAGGCAGCAUUGAUGGGAAGGAACAAAGUCUUCAUAAAGAAUAUUAAAAGGUAGUAUUCUAAAAAACACCCUCUAGCAAAAUUCUCUGCAGACCAUUUCCCAUGUAAGUUACUGCUAUGAUCAAGAAAUGUCAGCCCUAUGUUUUAUAGGUUAAGAGUAGAGGUGGAAGCCAAAGCAAGAUUCUCAUCCACUCUAAGCCUGGAGCACUUCAGAAUGACUUGGAAUAGAGGUCUUAACUGGCCUGCGCUUGACAGUGGGAGAUCUCUCUUUUAGCACAAAGAGUUGGGGUGUUUUUGUGGCGAAUCUUUCUCUUCCUCCCCCAUCUCUCAUCGCCAACAUAUAUUGGAUGCUUUUUACAUAGCACUUUUCAAUUUGUUCCAUUUUAGCUUAGGCCAAGAAAUGCUAAGCCUUAACAAAAAACUAUUAUAGAUAGCUUUUCUAAGAUUGCAGAAGUGUGGAGAGGUCCAGAAAAGACGUUGAGGUGCCGAUCGUUACACAUUUAAUUAAUAAUGGACGCAACAUUUUUCUACAUUUGAGGCAAAAGAUUAAUGACAGGUUAUCAAGAGCUCCAAGUGCAUCUCGUCCAUAUGAAACACCUUGUCCAUUGGAAACAUUAAGAGUUAAGCAAGCACCCAAAAUGAAGUGAGCUGAGGAUCAUGGGGCUGAUAUAUGCUGAGGAUCUACCACAGUUCUUAGGGAAGAGUUUUAAUGAGCAUUUGAGUGUUCACCUUUACAGAUAGACUUCUCUGAUAACCAGAGGUUGGACUAAUGUCUAAUGAUUGUCCUUAACCCAAUAAAGGUCUCUUCACAUGGCCUCUCAUGUUUUGCUGUUGAUGCCUUCACACCCUGAUCAGGAAGCCAUGAUUUCUUUUAUGCAUUGAUUUCACCUCUAGGAGAUGUUUUAGCCAACACACCCCUCUGCUUCCCUUGGGCAGGGAAAGUAUUAUUCCCCUACAUCAUUUUACAGUGGCUCGAAUUCAGUUAAAAGUAGACUCUCUACUUGGUUUCUUUGUAAUGGGUUUUCUUUGUAUAUUUGGGAGAGAAUAUAUAUGAAUGUAUAGGAAGCACAAAGCUCCUUUUUGUAUAACAGUAAUUUAGUGUGAUACUACUGUACAAUUGUUUCGAAAACAAAGAAAUAUAGGAGUAGGCAGUUCUCUAGUGGUUGUGUGUGUGUAUGAAUAGGUAAGCACACAUAUCUAUGCAUAUAUGCAUAUGUAUACAUAUACAUAUACCGCAUGUUUUUCCAUCUGGCACUUUUAUGUAUUGCGCUGGGUUAUUGUUCAGGAUUGGACUGUUAAAUACUGUGUUUGAGGCUGGGUUGUCAUUUUUAUAACUGUCUUGGUGUUUUAUUGCCAUUAUUUAUUACUUUUGAUAUACAGAAUGAGCUGCAUGCAUUUAUAGAGCAAUAAGAGGAUGUAUUUAAUGUGCCUUGUUUUUAACUGAAUAAGAUCUGAAAGCAUGAAUCAAUAAAACUGAUUAAAAUGG